GCAUGUGGGGCGGAAGGUGGGAGUUUCUAGAAGCUCCUAGAUAUUUCUGGAACUAGGAUAACGGAUUAAUAUCUGGGGACCGCUGCCUCCUUCGGCCACCUUAUAGACUGUCGAGUGCACGUGGGAUUAGAGACGCUAGGUGUCCGUGACCAUGGCCAUAAACCUUCUGGAGGACUGGUGCCGGGGGAUGGAAGUGGACAUCCAUAGGUCCCUGUUGGUCACGGGCAUCCCCGAGGACUGUGGUCAAGCGGAAAUUGAGGAGACUUUGAAUAGGGUCCUCUCCCCGCUGGGCCCAUACUUUGUGCUCAAUAAGAUUUUCCUUCGGGAAGAGAAUGCCAAAGCUGCCCUGAUUGAGGUGGGAGAGGGUGUGAAUCUCAGGGCCAUCCCGCGGGAGUUCCCAGGGAGGGGGGGCGUCUGGAGAGUGAUUUGUAGAGACCCCACCCAGGAUGCUGAGUUUUUAAAAAAUCUGAAUGAAUUUCUGGAUUCCGAGGGGCGCACCUGGGAGGAUGUGGUCCGCCUGCUCCAGCUUGGCCAGCCCUCUCGGCCCCAGAAUCGGCCUCCACAGAACUGGGCAGACGCUUUGGGGGUGCUCUUGGGGGCAGUGGUGCAGAUCGUUUUCUAUAUGGAUGCUGAGAUCCGCAGCCGCGAAGAAGCCGGGGCUCAAGAAGGGGCUGAUGACCAGGUAGCUUCAGCCUCAGCCGCGCUGAGGAAGGUGAAGAAGGAGCCAGGGUGGGCUGCCGAAAUAGGUUCCGCUUUGAAGAUGGAGAAUCUCGGCAGGUGCAACAACCCAGUAGACGAAGGUGACCCUCUGAAACCUCUGGUUCGUAGGGCUGGAGCUAAAAGUCGCUCCAGGAAGAAGAAGCAGAAAAAAAGACCCAAGCAGGAAUCCGUGCUCUGGAGGAAGCCCAGAGGCCGCCGUUUCAACAGCUCGGCCUCCUUGGAGGAUCCUGAGGCUGCUGGGGCUGAAAACAUGGAGGUCUCCGAUUCCAUCAGGAGCAAAAGGAAGCUACGUGUGAAGCAGGAGGAGUCGGCCUUGAAGAAGCCCGUGGCAAAAUGUGCCUGGAGGGCUCCCAGCAGCUCAUCCCAUGACGCGCGGUCGGAAGCGGUGAGCCCUGGGGUUGCUUCGCAGUCAGACCAAGGUGGCGGUCGGGAGGGCCCCCCAAAGAAGAAGGCCAUGGGCUGGGCCUUGGCAAAGAGCCCUGCGCCUGUGAGAAAGAAGAAGAAGGUGAGCUUGGGCCCUGUUUCGUACGUCCUUGUCGAGUCAGAAGAUGCCAAGAAGAAGCCAGUGAUGGGGAAGAAAGGGCCGGGCUCAAGACGAGAUGGGUCGCUUCAGAAGGCCCCGCGAGGCCCCCAGCCGGUGGGGUUGCUGGCCUCCACGUCUCGGGGCCCAAAGGCCAAGCCAGAAGGUUCUCUUCAGGCCUCCGGUGGUCAGAAUGGCAACAGAAGUCACUUGGGUUGUGCCGGCGAACGGCUGAGUGGAGAAUCCGAGCAGAAGCGACAGGCGCUCAGGGCUGUCGCAGGUCAGGUGGAGCGCGAGCAGGAUGCCAGCGCGGUGGAGGGGGCGGGUGGCCCACCAGCUGAGGUUUUAGAGGGUGGAAGCCCUGACCUUCCUCCUAGAAGCCCCUGAAGGCCAACCUUGGGGACACCUAUGAGCAGGAGGUGGAAGGGCGAGCCCCCCACCUCUCCUUUGUUGGUGAGUGUCACUAUGGGGGUCUCAGGUCAUCCUGCCACGUCCUCCAACCCAACUCCCUUGAUCAGGAUCGAAUAGUGGGGAGUAAGAACAUCUGUCAGGGUCCAUGACUUGGAGGGUCAAGUUUUCUGGAAGCCUGGUUGGGGGAUAGACAUUUUCAAGCACUUAAAAGGUCCAAAGGCGUAAGAAAGAAAUUCCAAAGAACACCUCCUUCCCUGGUGAGGUCUUCUAAUUUAUCCACAGAACCCAGAAAGCCUUGAUUUGGGGGAACCACCUGUGAUGAGUUGAAGGAAGACCAAGGACGAAGCAUCCAAUGGGGAGCAAAGUUUUUCUCCUUAUUGAACGCACCAUGACUUUGACUUGCAGGAACCCAGUUUGGGGAGAUGGGACUCUCGGAGGAAAACCAUCUGCAAGCUCUUAGGUGGGAGAGAUUAAGGGAGGGAGGUGCACCUCUCUGCUCUUUUCUCUGCCAGCCCUGCUUUUGCCCCUCCCCCUCGACUCACCUUCAGAGGUUGGAGAGUCACUAAGCAGACUGGGAAAAUCCUAGAAUAUUCACUUUUCCUUACAAAGGCAGGGUCCCCGUUCAUGUUCUGCCUCUCAUCCUUGUUCCCUGCUUCCUGGAGAGUGAGCCGGCGUCUGCAUGCAGGGCCUGGAGUUUUCUCCCAUCUUCUCUGUGUUUCGCCCACCAGGAAAUUAAGCGGACAUCUUCAAAGCAGACCUGCCUUUCUUGGUGCCCGUGUUCUUCCGCUUCCAUCCUCGUUACUUGGCCAGAGGGCAGGAAGGUCCCAGGAGUUAGUUCUGGAGGACAAGAGUGUGCGCUUAGGCUUUGAAGUGUUUGAGAUCUAGGUUCUGUCAAUAAAACCGGUACUUGGAUUCCCAUCUGGAGUCAGAUGCUCUCAGGAAGCCUGUGGGGAGGAGGGAUGAUCGGUAGGGAAGGACUCAGGCACUGUUGGCUUCCCAGCCCUAAGUCCAUCCAGCGCCACCAAACCCUCCACAUCUUCGGGGCUGACAACACGUCUCCCAUUAUAAUAAGAAAGGGAAAAAAUUCUUUAAAAAGUCGGCUGUUAAUUGCU